AAAAAAAAAAAAAAAAAAAAAGUAAGGUAUGUGGAAAAAGGAAUCUAAAUUAAUUUUGCUUGUAUUCCAAUUUUAGUCUUGUAAUUUUGACUUAUAAUGUGAAAGUGAAAUGGUAUUUUCAGAAAAAAAUUUGGGUAGGGGUCCUCACUUUGUAUCCCUGGCUAUCCUGGAACUCACUAUGCAGAGCAGGCAGAUAUGGUGAUUUUUUUAGUGUUUUAUUUCAAAUAAUCUUUCAAAAUUCUUCUGCCGAAACGCAGUACUUCUUAAAAAAUUUUUUGAGGCAAGAUUUCAUCAUUGUGACAGGUUCCUCCCACAUCCAGAGUACUGGGAUCACAGGCAUUGCACUGGCAUUCCUAGUUAAUUAACCUACUGAGAACUUUACUAUAAGUAAGUGAACUAUAUACAAUAUACAAUACAGAAGAGCCUAUGAUUUUAUCUUUUACCAACUUAGAAAAUUUGUAUGUAACUAGGCAUUCCAUUCUCAAAAAUUUGGGGGGAAUUAAAGGUUCAUUUAGGCAUAAGUCCAUGAGAAAUGUAUGUGAAUCCAUAAGUCCACAAUGUGUGUGUAUCCAUAAGUCCACAAGCAGUGUCUGUUAUCAUUUUUAUUAAUUUUCUGGACCAACUUGUUCUAUUUUCCUCUCUUUUGUACCAUAGACUUUUCAGUGCUUUAUUAAAGAAAAAGAUUGUAAUGGGCCAAAUGAGUUGAUCAACAAACUAGAAAACUGAGUUUCAUCCCCAGACCCACAUUAUGGAAGUAUAAAACCAACUCCUCAAAGCUGUGCUCUGAUUUAAACACACACACACACACACACACACACACACACACACACACACAAGUAAUGUUUAAAAUUUUAAGUUUUUAACUUUAAUUAUUAGCACCAGAUACCAGGAUAUUUCAAGUUCUUAAUAUUUUUAGCUAGUUGAUUGAAAGAAGAGUUGUUUUAGUUGUGACAUACUGAUAAUUAAACAUGGGAACAUAAUUAACAGAACUUUUGCUGGAACCAAAUACUAUGACAUACACUGAGUAAUCUGAUCUUGCCAUAGUUAAUUGAAAUUAUUCAGUUAUCACUAUUUUUCAACAUUUCUUUCCUUUUUCUCUCUUAAUGCUUAAUUCAAGUUUUCUAUCUUAUCCACUGGCUUAAUGAAUGCAGAAUUUCUGGUAUUUAAUUUUAUAAUUUAAAUAUGCUUCUGUGUUUCCCAAGUGACUCACCCAACUUCCUUCAAUUCUUGUGGUUGGAUUUUUGAUGUACCUGAUAUAGAAAUUUAAUUCUUAAUGCUCUCCAACAUAUUAUUAAUUUGUACAUAAUUCUAUGUAUAUUUGAGUGAGGUAUACUAUCAAGCUUAUGGAAUUUGAAUAUCUUAUUUUGAGAUUGGCAGUGACAGAAAGGACCAUCUUAGUAUCAAAAGUCUCUAGUUAAUCAGAUGUGGAAUCUUGAUUAAGUGACCUCCAGUGACAUCAACUUGUUUCAAUGAUCAUCAACUAUCUUGCUGUUACUAUCAAGUCAAGUAACACAACAUAACAUUAUAGAAAUAUUGCUGCCAUUAGUUUUCGUGCCACUAAUGUUAAGAAUAAACUCAAUAAUGGGCAGGUGCAUUGUACUCAUGAUACUCGUGUAGAGAGCUAGGUUGAACAUAUCAUAUCUGAAUUGCUUCAAUUUCUUUUUGCCUGCCUACAGCCUUACAAUAGCUUGUCUUUGCUUAGGAUAAAAUAUAAGUACUUAUCAUUUCUCCUGGGUUUUACUUUACUGAUCUCUGUAGCUCUUGAGACACACAUUCUAGUAGACUGUCCUUUAUUACCUAAAUUACUUAUACUGACUCUUGCAGGCUCUUCACAUGGCCGUGCCACCUGUUAUGCUUACGAGCCUUGACAGUCUACAUCAUUGGCAAGAAUUUUCUUGCCUUCAUGGGGAGAAUUUUCUUAACUACUCGCCAUUAAGUUUGGGGCACAUUUCCUGUGUCACACAUUUCACACUGCUUGAGCUUGUUUAAAAUGUGUACAUCCUGUUAGAUGCGCACCUACAAAAUGUAUAGAUCUGAUCUUUCCACCAAUAUAUGCAUAAUUUCUACAGAUUAAGUAACUAUCUGGUAAUAAGUUAAUACAGGUUAAGCUAAUAAUUAUUAUAUUUCCGUGGAGGAGUACUCCAUGGGCAUGAAAAUGUGGAAGUAGUUAUGCAUUUUCAGCACUCCGAUAAAGUGUCAUAUUUUACAACCUUCACUUUUCAUGUUUCUCCUACUAUUACUGCAACUCACACAUUUUACAAAUACUACAAAAUAAAGAAAACCAUAAAAUGAGAGAUAAGCAUGAUAUCACUUAAAUUCUUUUAAAAAUUGUAGGCAGUAAUUACGGAGAAGGGUAGUCCCCUAGCAUGUGUGCACAUGUAAUGUAAACCAUGUAAAUAAGGACUCUUCCUAGAGAUAGGCAAGUCCAUUUGGUGCAUUAUACUUGCCUAGUUUAUUUUUAAUUUGUGUGGCACAAGAAACUCCUUCAGUAGGGUUAAGAGAUUCGAUAAGGGAAAUAAACGACUUAAAUCAAAACCAGUAACAGAACCAGUUAUCUUUUCUAAGAAUUUAAAACUGCGAACGAACGCAUGGUGGCGCUGUUGACUAAGACGUUUCAGUACUCGGAGACUCACAGAGCAAUCCGAUGAUGUAAAACCACGACUUGUGUGAACCUGGGUAGAUUUUUAAGCACGAAAAUCUGAAUCUCUGGAAAACAUUAAUUAUUAGGCUGUCUCCAGAAGACUUUGCUUUUCACAGAGAGAUAUAAGGCCCCUCUUGGUGACAAGCCCUUGGAAAUACACCGCAGAAAUACAAUGGAGGCCAGAGAGGAACGCUUUCUUAAACAAAGGCAAGUCUUGCUUCUCUUUGUUUUUCUGGGUGGGUCUCUUGCUGGGUCCGGGUCUAGGCGCUAUUCUGUGGCCGAGGAAAAACAGAGGGGCUUCGUAAUAGCCAAUCUAGCAAAGGAUCUGGGGCUUAGUAUAGAAGAACUGGCUGAAAGGAGAGCUCAAGCUAUCUCCAAAGGGAACAUACAAUAUUUUCAGCUCAGUCAUCAGACCGGAGAUUUGCUCUUGGUUGAGAAACUGGACCGGGAGGAGCUCUGCGGUUCGACGGAGCCUUGUGUGCUGCACUUUCAGAUAUUGCUGCACAAUCCUUUGCAGUUUAUUACAAAUGAGCUCGAGGUCAUAGAUGUAAAUGACCAUGCUCCGGAGUUCUUUGAAAAUGCAAUGCAGCUGAAAGUCCUGGAAAACUCUGUGCCUGGGACAGAAAUACCUUUGGGAAAUGCCGUGGACUUGGACGUGGGAAGAAACGGGCUCCAGAACUACACGGUCUCCCCCAAGUCCCAUUUUCACGUUCACACGCGCCGUCGUAGGGAUGGAAGGAAGUAUCCAGAACUAGUUCUAGAAAGAGCUCUGGAUCGGGAAGAGCAGCCAGAGCUCAGUUUAACUCUCACAGCCCUGGAUGGAGGAUCCCCGCCUCGUUCUGGAACCACUCAGGUCCACAUCCUGGUCUUAGACAUAAAUGAUAACGCCCCAGAAUUUACACAGUCACUUUAUGAGGUUCAAAUUUUAGAGAAAAGCCCUACCGGCUCUGUGAUUACCACUGUCUCUGCUUCUGACUUAGAUACAGAAAAUUUUGGUGCGAUAUCAUACACAUUUUUUCACGCUUCUGAAGAAAUUCUCGAAACUUUUCAACUGAACUCCAGUACUGGUAAUAUACAACUACUUAAGGGUUUGGACUAUGAAACAAUUAAUACUUAUGAGAUUGACAUAGAGGCCAAAGAUGGUGGGGGCCUUUCAGGGAAAUGCACAGUCAUAGUUCAGGUGCUUGAUGUGAACGAUAACCCACCAGAACUGACAAUGUCAUCAGUUAACAGUCUUAUCCCCGAGAAUUCGGCAGAGAUUGUGGUGGCUGUUUUCAGUGUUUCUGAUUUAGACUCUGGAGAUAACGGAAGAGCAACAUGUUCCAUCCAGAACGAUCUUCCCUUCAUCCUGAAACCAUCUGUAGAGACCUUUUAUACUAUAGUGUCUGAAGGAGCUUUGGACAGAGAGAGCAGAGCUGAGUACAAUAUCACCAUCACAGUCACCGACCUGGGCACACCCAGGCUCACAACCCAGCACAUCAUAACAGUGCAGGUGUCCGACAUCAACGACAACGCUCCCGCCUUCAGCCAAACCUCCUACACCAUGUUUAUCCGCGAGAACAAUAGCCCCGCCCUGCACAUUGGCACCAUCAGUGCCACAGACUCAGACUCAGGCUCCAAUGCCCAUAUCACCUACUCUCUGCUGCCUCCCCAGGACCCACAGCUGGCCCUCGACUCGUUCAUCUCCAUCAACGCUGACAAUGGGCAGCUGUUCGCGCUCAGGGCACUGGACUAUGAGGCCCUGCAGGCCUUCGAGUUCCACGUUGGCGCCACAGACGGAGGCUCGCCCGCACUCAGCAGCCAGGCUCUGGUGCGCGUGGUGGUGCUGGACGACAAUGACAAUCCACCCUUCGUGCUCUACCCGCUGCAGAACACCUCUGCGCCUUGCAUGGAGCUGCUGCCCAGGGCGGCGGAGCCCGGAUACCUGGUCACCAAGGUGGUGGCUGUGGACCGUGACUCUGGCCAGAAUGCCUGGCUGUCUUUCCAGCUGCUCAAGGCCACUGAGCCUGGGCUGUUUAGCGUGUGGGCGCACAAUGGCGAGGUGCGCACCACCAGGCUGCUGAGCGAGCGCGAUGUGCCCAAGCACAAGCUGCUGCUGCUGGUCAAGGACAAUGGAGAGCCUCCACGCUCUGCCAGCGUCAUGCUUCAAGUGCUCCUGGUGGAUGGCUUCUCCCAGCCCUACCUACCUCUGCCAGAGGUGAUGCAUGACCCCAGUAACCAAGAUGGCGACAUGCUCACACUGUACCUGGUCAUUGCCUUGGCUUCUGUGUCUUCUCUCUUCCUUUUGUCUGUGCUGCUGUUUGUGGGGGUGAGGCUGUGCAGGAGGGCCAGGGGGGCCACUCUGGGUGUGUGCUCUAUGGCUGAGGGACACUUUCCUGGCCACCUGGUGGAUGUCAGCGGGGCGGGGACCCUGUCUCAGAGCUACCAUUAUGAGGUGUGUCUGACAGGAGACUCUAGGACUGAUGAGUUCAAAUUCUUGAAUCCGGUGCUAUCAAAUCUGUUUCUGGAAGAAUCUGAGAGAAGUUAAGGGACGCCCCCCCCUGCAGGAGUAGUAGCUCUGUAGUCAGCUAAGGAUUGUAAAUGGUUCACCAUCUCUCAGUUCGGGUAAACUUCUUAUUCUAAUUAUUAUUUUAAGAAGUUGUACUAUCGAAAUUUUUUUCUUUACCAGUAAUUCAACCCAUGGUAUCCCAAACAACUUUAA